GCGGAUCGGUGACAUUUUUUUUGCGUGUGCCACGGUGGUACAAAAGAAACCGGCUGGACACGCGAGUGCAACGAGUAAUGUUCGAGGGAGUGAGCGUCACGUACGCGUCGCCCUGAGGUGCGCCGUGUGUUCCGCGGAACUCGAAAGAUGCUGGCGUGCGAAGCGACGACAGAGGAGGCGCGUUCGCGAAACUGUCAGGAAGAUCGUCGUCGCGGCCGUACGUGAGUCAGUGCGUUCUCGUUGGAUCGAAAGAAGGCACGCACGUACAAAAUGGCUUCGGGCGACAAUGUGGAUGUGAUCGAGGUGGUCGAGACAAGCUUCACGGUGCCGGCCCAGACCGUGGACGACCAUCUCAGGCCGGAGCAGUCCACGGACGAGGACAAUAAAUCCACGGGGGACAAGAUGACGGUGCUUGACAGCUCGGUAACGCAGCAUGGCACCACAGGACUCAAAACCCCCGCGGGGGUGUCGAGGAACAAAUCGGAACGAGAAAGAAAGAUUGGCCACAGGAGAGUCGGAGUCGGAGGCGAAAUCACGUACAAAAAGAUCCAAACGACACAAAUCAUGGGAUCGAUACAACUGGGCAUCCAGCACGCGGUGGGCGGCCUGGCGAGCAAACCGGAGCGUGAUUUGCUGAUGCAGGACUUCAUGACCGUGGAGACGACGAACUUCCCCAGCGAGGGUUCGAAUCACACACCGGCUCACCACUUCUCCGAGUUUAAGUUCAAGAAUUACGCACCCAUUGCAUUUCGCUACUUUCGAGAUCUCUUCGGUAUCCAACCCGACGACUUCUUAAUGUCGAUGUGUAGCGCCCCGUUACGCGAAUUAUCGAACCCCGGCGCCAGCGGGAGUAUCUUUUACCUAACGGAUGAUGACGAGUUCAUCAUAAAGACUGUGCAACACAAAGAAGGAGAGUUUUUGCAAACGCUUCUUCCUGGAUAUUACAUGAAUCUAAACCAGAACCCGAGGACGUUACUGCCAAAGUUUUUCGGGUUGUAUUGCUAUCGUUGCAAUAGUAAAAACGUUAGAUUAGUCGCUAUGAAUAAUCUUCUGCCCUCGGCGGUCAAGUUGCAUCAGAAGUACGAUUUGAAAGGGUCAACGUACAAACGAAAGGCGUCUAAAACGGAAAGAUCCAAGUCGUCUCCUACGUACAAGGAUUUGGACUUCAUGGAGCACCAUGCUGAAGGGAUCUUCCUGGAGGCGGAUACUUAUAGCGCUUUGGUUAAAACGAUUCAGAGAGACUGUCGUGUGUUGGAGAGCUUCAAAAUUAUGGACUACUCGUUGCUCGUCGGCAUUCAUAAUCUCGAUCAGGCGGCGAGGGAGAAAACGCAGGAGCAGAGGUUAUCGGCCAGCGGGGACGAAGAAGUCGGCGACGUCCCCGGCGAAAGUGCAGGAUUCAUUCAAGCGGAAAGGGAACGGGAAAGGGAGGACAGAAUAGGUGGCAACGCUCUGAACCGAUCGAGAAGCAUAAACCGGCAAAGGUUGGUCGCGCAUAGUACCGCUAUGGAGAGUAUUCAGGCUGAAAGCGAGCCGAUAGACGCGGAGGACGAUGUACCUCCAGGUGGGAUCCCAGCUCGCAACGCCCGUGGCGAACGGCUUUUACUCUUCCUCGGUAUCAUUGAUAUUUUGCAAAGUUACAGGCUUAAGAAAAAGCUCGAGCACACAUGGAAAUCUAUGAUACACGACGGUGAUACCGUAUCAGUACAUCGACCAGGCUUUUACGCGCAACGCUUUCAAGACUUCAUGGCGAAGACAGUAUUCAAGAAGAUACCGUCACUGGACCUGCCUGAGAUUAAGGGGAAUCAUCGCAAAUUCCGUAACCUCGUCACCAGCUACAUAGCGUUGAAACAUUCCCCGUCGAAGAGAAAAAGCAUCACCAGGCCUCUCAGGCCCCUGGACGGCGACUUCGAUUCCACCGCGGUGCCGACAACCGGAAGUUCGACAAUGCAUGCUACGUCACCCACGAAGGCCGUCACCCCGACCGAUCCAGCGACCAGCACGACCAGCACGGUGAUGAUGUCCACCGGUUCCGCGCCGAUCGCCACCUCCACCCCGGUAAACUUCGCCAGCGGCCCUGUGAGUCCGCCCCCGUUGACCUUGGCCGCGGGUCCGACGACGGCGACGAAUCAAGAGCAGCCAACCACAGCCGCCCAACCGACCCCUACGGCCAAGGUCACGACUUAUCCAGCGGUUCUGAAGGGCAGAACCGCCGCCAGUCCGCCGAAUCCAAAUUUGGUACCCUCCGGCAAGAUACCGCCCCCUGUCCCGCCUAGGGGCACGGGGGGCCAAUCGAGGGCCAGGUCCUCGGAGGAACACCGUGGUGGCCCCGGUACCGCCACCUCGACGUCCUCGAUCACAUCCAGCCGAGGUGGCACCCUUCCUUCCACCUGCUCCACCCCGCCCCCGCCCUUUGACGAUGCAGUGCGCUCGAACGACCAAACACUGGCCUCCGGUGGUCAACUUCAGCAGGGUGCAUCGGCCACGAUUCUAACGAGCAGUCUGAGCAGUGCUCAAUCCAAGCAGAACAAGGUCGUGCACCACGUCACCCUUACAAAGACUUAUCACGAUGCCGUUAGCAUAUCCGACGUCCACUUAGAGAGCAGUGGUAGCGGAAGCGGAAGUGGCGGAAGGGAAACAAAGUCGUCCCUGAGCGUCGAGAGCGGGGGUAGCAGUCGAGGUUGUGGCGGUCUCACCUGGACACCACCUGCGGGCAGCGCCGAGGGCUCGACGCCGACUUGGACCGAGGGCACUCCGUCCUUCACCGAGAGUUCCAGCAGCGGUGACGCAGGUUGCCCGACGACGCCGAUCAGGGGCAGCCAGCGUCACGACGACGGAGGGAAGAUCGCAGCCACCGUCGAAGAGGCGCUAGCCAGUCUCACUACGGAAAUGAGACGAACGAGCGACAGCGCGAUGGGUCUUGUGGAACAAAGAGCAUCCCUUUCGAUGUACAGACAAGUGAGAACGAGUUUCAAACGCGCCAGUACGAACCACGCGUCGAUCAUGAGGAGCAUGCAAAGAGCGCUGAGCAUUCAGCGCAGGGAGCCAUGAGGAUCCAACCG